AGCACAACAUACGGUAUUAGUCAUUUUCAUUUCCUUCUUGCCUUGUUUGCCUCUCAUACUUUCCUUCAGUAUAACAAGUCGAUGGUGGGGAGUCAGACAAUAUCUCUUCGUCUGAAGAAAACCUGACAGUCCACUAGUGAAAUCGGUCACGUAAACAUCAGUGAAUUACGACCGAUCGACGGCGAUGUAACUAGCAGUUGCUCAGUUUGCGUGAAUGAAAUACCUAUUAUGUGCACGCCAAAAUUGCAAAUCUUCAGCUGCAGAGUGUCAACAUUGCAACGUUGCACUUCUUGUUAAAGCAUCAUGAGAUAUGUCGUCAAUGAAAUAGCGUUCCAACAUUUCUAAAAAUAGACCGACUGCAAUCUACUGCAUUCAGAAAGGAACAACAAGAGGCAUUACGAGUUGUGCAAUUAAUUACCAAUAAAUUAGUAGUGCCGUUAUACGAGUAUGGCAACACACGUAUUUUGUGGUAUUCAGAGGCUGAGUCGAAUACUGGAUGGAGGAAAAAGGCCUCUGAACUCUACGUUAAGGCGUGCAUCGACCUCGAAGCAAACCAGAAUUGUGACGGGACCAAAUAACGAGAGGAUUAUUAUGUCUCCGAGUGGAGAUGUUUCUUAUCCGAAAACCUUGAUUCACGAGUUUGUUUGGAAUAAUAGCAAAAAUUAUCCUAAUCAUAUCGCUUUGGAAUGUGGUAUAAAUGGCAAGAAAUACACAUUUGCGCAAGCCAAGGACGCGACAAGUUAUAUCGGUAGAAGUUUGCGGAAUAUAGGUCUCAAAAAGGGUGAUGUGGUAGCACUAGUGGCACCCAAUUUUCCGGACACAGUUUUAAGUUACCUUGGAAUCUCGUCAGGCGGAUUUAUUGUUACUACUGUAAACCCGAUGUAUACAGUAGAGGAAAUGAUGAUUCAGUUGUUAAAAGUCAAUGCAAAAGCAAUCAUCACUUCCACCUCGGUUGUAUCUACAGUGCUCGCUGCAAAAAGGGCAUGUCUUUCACACGAAACCCCUUUUAUUGUGAUUGAUGAUAAGAUUGGUUCUAUGCCAGAGGGUUCGAUACCUUUUUCUGAUCUCAUAACGCGAGGUAAAUCACUGCCACCUGUAAAUUCGGACAGAACUUGCGAUGACAUAGCGGUUUUGCCAUUUUCAAGUGGUACCACUGGAUUACCAAAGGGUGUUAUGUUAAGACAUCGCAAUCUGGUGUCUAAUAUAAUGAUGGUUCAAGCCUCUGUCGAUGUCUUUCGGUUUCCAACAGAUACAUAUCAAGAAGUAAUACCUGCCGUAUUACCAUUUUUCCAUAUUUAUGGAAUGAAUGCUUUGAUACUUCCACGUCUUUCUUUUGGCGCAAAAAUAAUCACUAUUCCAAAAUUUGUACCGGAAACAUUCAUUGACGUAUUGGAAAAAAACAAGGUGACCGCGCUGUUUUGCGUUCCACCCAUAGUGUUAUUUCUUACGGCUUCCCCUCUUGUGAAGAAACAUCAUUUCCAUUAUGUGCAUUCGAUAAUGAGUGGCGCUGCGCCUCUCGCUAAAACGGACGUCGAUAGAUUCUACGAGAAAUACGACGUCGAUUCACAAAUCUGCGAAUUUCGUCAAGGUUACGGAUUAACAGAAACUUCACCAGUGGACUUUAUUGAAAAUGGAAAGAAAUAUUCCAGUAUCGGACAAAAUAUAGCGAGUUGCCAAGUACGCUUGGUGGAUGUAACGACACAGAAGGAUAUCAGUACUAGUGGUCAAACAGGCGAAUUAUGGGUCAAAGGACCACAUGUUAUGAAAGGAUAUUUGAAUGACGAAGAUGCUACAAAAAAUAUACUAACUGAGGAUGGAUGGUUAAAAACGGGCGAUAUUGCUUAUUACGAUGAAGAUUUCGAUUUUUAUAUUACAGACAGAUUAAAAGAACUUAUUAAAGUCAAAGGAUUUCAGGUACCACCAGCGGAACUAGAAGCGUUGCUGCGAAUGCAUCCUGACGUGGAGGAAGCAGCAGUGAUUGGUAUUCCACACGAGAGGUAUGGUGAGGUACCAAAAGCAUUUGUAGUGGUGAAGGAAAGUAAAAAACCCACAGAAGAUGACAUUAAGAACUUUAUAAAAGGAAAAGUUUCUGAGUACAAACAACUGAGAGGUGGAAUAACAUUUGUCGACAAUAUUCCGAAGAAUCCAAGCGGAAAAAUUCUAAGGUCAAAAAUAAAGCAAGAUUACAAGCCUUAAUGCCAUCAAAAUAAUAUAUUUUUAAUUAAAAAAU